AUGUGUACACAGGACCCAGAGCAAGCAGCCAUUUCCACAAAGGAGCUUUGUGCUUUCAUCAGUGAUUCAGAGAAUAACGAAUCCCAAGAUGCAGCCGUGCUGGAGCAGCACACAGAAGACCCCCCUAGUAAAAAAAUCAAGAUGGAUGCCGUGGAGACGGACGUCCAAUCAAAAGGCGACUCUGACGUGGUCCCCACGGUGAUGGAGGAAGGCGACGCCAAGCCAGCGGACUCGGACGUGUGUGCGGUGUGCCUGGGAGUUCUACAGGAGUUCUGUGAUGAAGCCUAUGCCAUAAAGAUAUCGGAUGUGGUGAAGGCCAAAAACUACCUGCUUGACACAAUGGUACUGUCUGUCUCCCUGCCGGCCCAGCUGUCUGUCAGAGAGCACUCUUGUUGGCUGCAUGUAAAGAAGGAAGUGAGGGAGAAGUCUAUAUGCCUCGAUAAGGAUGAUGUCAUCCAGGUGAAGGAGGCCUUCAAGUGGACCAUGCAGGGUCUGAUGUCCAAAGAGCUUGGUGGCGUACCUGUGGUUACCAAGAUCAGUCGACAAACUGAACAGUUUGAGGUGGGUGUGGGGUUCACACAUCCAGAGACGGACUCAGACUGCCACUUCCUGGCUGGCAUCUGUUCAGACUGCUUCAGACCAACUAAGAACAAACAGAAUGUCUUCACUAAAAUGGCCGUGGUCAAAGCCCUCGAGAAGGUUUCCGAGGAGAAGUUUCUAAAAAUGUUCACCUGUCCCCCUACACGGCCAGCGAGGAAAUGCAUCGCUCAAGAGGUCCAGUGUCUUCACGUUUCUGUAUUUGUGGCGGGGAGGUACAACAAGUUCUCCCGCACCCUGCCCCAGACCCCCUGGGUGAUUGACGGAGAGGAGAGGGUGGAGUCCUCGGUGGAGGAGCUAAUCGCCGCACCCCUCCUCUCGUCUUUCCGGGCUGAGGGGUUUAAUUUCUCCUCCUCAGGAAGGGAGGACGUGGAUGUGCGUACGCUUGGAAAUGGUCGUCCGUUUGCACUGGACCUGCUAAAUCCUCACAGAGCCAGGUUCAAUAAGGCAGAGGUCCGACAGCUGCAGGAGACCAUCAACCAGUCCUCAGACAAAAUCAGAGUACGAGAUCUACAGAUUGUAAGCAGAGAUGCUAUGGGCCACAUGAAGGAGGGUGAGGAGGACAAGACCAAGUCGUACACCGCCCUCAUAUGGACCCAGAAAGCUAUUGACAAAGACGACAUCACGUUCUUAGAGGAAACCAAGGAGUUUAAGCUAGCUCAGAAGAUGCCACUAAGAGUGUUGCAUCGCAGGCCGCUGGCCGUCAGGGAGCGCGUCAUCCACACCAUGAGUACAUGCUUCCUGGACACGCAUCACUUCCACCUGAACCUGCGCACGCAGGCAGGGACGUAUCCUUUAUACAGAGAGAAGCAAAAUAGUGAGAUACACGAAUAGUCAUACACAAACCCACACACAAAGGGAGAUAUUAAGGUUGAGAGACAUUCACAGUGAUAUACUUACACACACACACACAAUAACAAAUUAAUACCAUUUCUUUUUUUAUCAUGAACGACUCACCCAAUGUCAGUACCUUAACUGUUCCCAGUUACAUCAAGGAGUUUGUCCACGGAGACUUUGGUCGCACCAAGCCCAAUCUGUGUGGUCUGCUGAAGACUGAGACUGAUAUCCUAGAGCUGGACGUUGAUUCUGUAGAUGUGGACUGGCCACCCUCCAUCCCGGAAUGAGCCUCGUCUCACUGAUGCUGUUGAGGAUGCCAAAAGGAGCCGUAGCAGGGACUGGGUGUGAAUGGCACCGCUGACGGAAAGAACUACAAUCCAAGUUAAUUGCACUCACCUGGUGUCCCAAGUCUGAAUUAGUCUCCUAUUAGGAGAGGAUGAAAACCAGAAGUGUUUUGGCCCUCCAGGACAGACAUUGAACAGCCCUUUUAUAGAGCAUAGGGGUAGUAUAUGGUCAGUAUUUUGUGUGUAUUUCCCUCAAUUGAUUUACAGAGGUUUUUGUUCAGCCUUAAAAUACAUUGUUUACCUAUGGAUUGUCCCAUAGGCAAAAGGAGAGCAAUGCUAUACUUUUUUUUGUAUAAAUGAAAAUAUUUGAAUGUGAUGUCUCCCAUCAGCGUAAUGCCCCCCUAUUGUACAUCCCAUCCAAAUAAAGGCCUGGGACAUGUUCAA